AUGAGCUCCGAAUCAACAAUCAGCAGCUUGCAUGCUCUAGCUGAAUUGCGAGUCUGGGCAGAAAGUUUGCUUCCAGUUUCAUGUUCUGCGCCCUCUUCGUGUAGACUUUCUAGAAGGACUUUCAGGAGGGCAGACAUCAGAAGUGCCCUUUUCAUUUUUAUCAUUGGAUGCUUUGGGUCCAAAUUCCCGGGUAAGCCGCGGUUCCGUCACUCUAGUUUGGUCGAGUCUGGUCUCUGCCUAAGGCGCUUUGAGCAGGCAGAGGCUCGCUCGGCUCAGCGAGCUGGGGAGGUGAAAGGCGAGCUGAGGGCUGCGGAAGCCUUGAACCAGACAAACGCAACACACCUCAAGGGUCUCGAGGUGCAGCUGAUGACGGCCAGAGAGGCAUUGGCAGAGGCAGAGGCAGACCGUUCCACCAAAACCAGCUGGUCGAAGCGGCUUGGACACGAGCUGGCAGAUGCACGCGCAGGGGAGCAAGAGGCGUGGCAGAUGCAGGCGCAGCAAGCCCACGAACUGCGUGAAGCCCGUCGGCGCCUAGACCAGCUGGUUGGCGGAGGAACUUCUAUGCCUGGCGGGCAGCUCGCACAGUGCAAGCGCCGGCUGCUUGAUCUCGAACAGGCCUGCAGCCGAAAGGAGGCAGAGGUGGCAGAGGAGCGGCGUGCUCGCGAACGGUGCCACACAGAGGCAGUUCGAGCCAGCGAAAAGUUGCGUGCGGCAAGGGCGCAGGGCGCUCAACUGAAGGAGCGGCUGCGAACUCUGGAGGAGUCUGAGCUUCGCUACCCGUCGCGGUUCCCACCGCAGAAGAGCCCGGCGUUGCAGCCGAAGCCGCAGGUGAGCACCCGCCGCCCCAGCCGCAGCUUCAGCGUCCCAGCGGAAGGGAGAUUACGUGACGGUCGGCGAGCCGACUCCCAGCCCAUGCCAAGCAACUGGGCCCAGGAGACCUUGCAAACGCCAGAGCAGCCCGAGCACCAGCCGAGUACCUCAAGUGCAGAUGACGUGCAAGUGAUGAAGAAUUUCGUAAAGAGCGAGGAAGCGAGGCUUCGGGCUCUAAGCACAGCGCAAGGCAGUGCGGAGUCCACUGCAAGCCCACCACCGCACAAAGAGGUUCCUCGAGGCUUGGAUUCUGGCUACCGCUUAUCCUGGGAGGAAGCGCCGAGGGCUGCAAUUCCCUUGAAAGCGUCAGAGCCUCCUGCACAGCUCCCAGAGGAGGACCUGAGCCUGGCUGCUCUGCUUUCUAUGCAGCCCCCGACCGCUGACAAGCAGGCUGUCGGUGGGGACUACGAGCGCGUGAGCGCUGCGAAGAUUCCCACAGCCCGCCGUGAACAGGCGGUGCGUGUUGCGGAGAUCCUUGAGGAAGCAUGUAGCGAUAGCACUUACAAGGACUACGGUAUCAAAGAGCUGGCACAGGGAGGAGGAGGCAAAGUCCUCAGCGGGCCUGGCAUCGAUACUAAUGAGGCUGGCGUUCUUCAAGGUGGCGGAAAAUGGCCCAAGCGCAUUGGUGGCCUAUGCCGCAGCUUAGUAGAGGAAGAGGACUUGUCCACGCGAUGGCCAGAAGGGAGUUUGGGGAGGUACUGUGAGAAGGACUGCCUUGAAAACAUUGGCGGAACACCUUUGAGCAAGACAAGACCAAAAAAGAGGCCACCCGCAGAAGCUGCACCGAAGACCACCUCCAAGCCACAUGAGGCCGCAAAGCCCACCGGCUUGGAGGAGCUGCCACCCCCGCCUCACCAGCACAAGGUGGUCACGGCUGAGAACAUCUCGGACGUUAUCACGCAGGGAAAAUUCCACAAAUUUGUCCUCGUCCUGUUCUUCGAUGCGUCCGAACGCAGCGCGCAUGCUGUGGCAAUUUGGGAAUACGCUGCACGCCUUUUGAAGAAAGCCAAACUCAAGGAUCUUCGAAAGGCCGUCCUGGCCAGGUACGACUCCUCUAGCGGAGAUACUUGGGGCUACAAAUUCCAGGGGCCUUUGCCGCGAGGUUUGCUGUACCGGUGA